GUCAAACCCACAAGUAAAAUCCUUACUAUUAUCCCAAAGAAUUCGGCGGAUAAUAAUCCAAUUCAUCUUUCAUCGGAACCCUAAAAAAAAAAAACCCCCCGAAUCUAUUUGAGGCGAUUAGGUGAUGUAUAUUCCAGCUGCUGUUGUAUGUUGCGGCCUUGGCAUCCUAAUCAGAUUGGCAAACGGCAGUGGAAAGAUGACUUAUCAGAUUCUACGUCAAGCUAUACCGGUGAAUGACCUGAAAGGACUGGGGGAAUGUCUUGAAAAUGAGGAGAUAGAAAACCCCAUCGUUGUGGUGCGUGGAACAGUUGGAUCAACCUCAACUGUGGAUAAGAGCGAUUUGGGAGUUUUCAUCGAGGAAAGGGCUAAACUUGAUAUUGAGGUGACGGAUGCCUCUGGUUCAGUAGUACCCGAAUCUAAAACCAAGUUCGUGACCCGUAAGGAAGUUCCUUGGUAUUUGGAUGAUGGUACUGCUCGAGUGUAUGUUUGUAAUUACCGACUUGCGGAAGGGUUUUAUGAUACACUAAAACAAUACUUCUCUCGUGAACCAUUUAGUACAUACUUAAAAACCUUUGAUUCUGAUGGAAAAGAAAAACUCAUGCUUACUGAUGAUGUUGAUUGUUGGAAGCGUCAGCAAGUUCUUGAGAUUGGCACGUAUUUGACCGUUGUUGGUACGGCUGUGAGAGACAAAGAUGGAGCUCCCACGAUAUCAGCAUAUCGGUUCUUCAAUGGACAUAUCGAACUUGACGAUUUUGUUAAUGAUCUUGAAUUAGGAUUAGAGACUGGUGGGAAUUUAUCCUUAUACUUAAUAGCUCUGAGUGCGGUUUUGGUCGCUCUGAACAUAUUGCGAACUUGAUGCAGAUGACAUCAGACUCGUAAAAGAUCGCAAUGAACAAGCUUUAUCAAUCAGAUUCCGUAUUAAGAUUCCAUAAUCUAUUAGUCGUUGACUUUCUACGUUUAUCAAUCAGAUUUAAACAAAGAACGUGAUUGUGUUGGAUAUGAUAAAUGUAACUGAACAUGUGUGUCUUAGUUUUAUAUGCUUGUGGGGGUUCUCUUAUAUUUUAUAAUUUAUACUUGCU